AUGUCCUUCGCCAACAUCUACACCCACCGCAAAGUGGCCGAGACUGCGGCCAAGGGUUGCGAUGUGUGCUAUCGCGCCACCAGUAGUGUUCUUGUUGCGGCGGAAAACAAGGACUUCUUCUACGUAUGCCCCAGCCAUCUGAAAGACAAGAACUUCUGCUCUCCCAUUAUCGAUAACGAGGCUGUGGAAGCAAAGAAGAAGAAGGAACUCGAAGAAGAAAUAGAGCGCGUCAAAAAAGAGUAUGAAGAAAAGCAGAAGAAAAAAAAGGAAAAGGAAGAAAAGGAUAAGACCACGGACAAGGACAAGGCAAAGGAGAAAGGCAAGGAUGACAAGAAGAACGACGACGAGAAGGAAGCCGGUGCCAAGUCUCCCGAAAAGGACGGCACUGAGACGCCCACUCCGCCCACGGAGGAGCCCCGCGUUUUCGCGCUCCAUAAGAACUUUUACGGUAUUCGACUCGAAAAGAAACGGCAGAUGGAAAUCGCGAAGCGGAAUCGUGAACGACUGCAGCAGCCGAACCUCUUUCCAUCGGUUCCGAAAGGUGCGCCAGGUGCACCAGGCAACUGA